CGAUGUUGUUCCACCUCUACAUUGGACGUUUCUUUAAAAGACCUCUCCAAAUUAUAAAUAAAUAAACAUCUAAAGACUGCUUUAAAAACGCAAAAACAAUGGAGGCCGUGCCGCGUCUGCACAUGCUUUGGUUUGCCCUCAAAUCGAGUCCCGAGGGCACAUCUUUCAUGGCGCUAAAAAAGUAUAUUGCCGAAUUCUAUCAUGAAGAUGCCGAAGCCUUCUCGAAAGAGGUGCAUGCACUGGAAACGCUGCGUAAUCAGGCGAUGCGGACGACUAAAGACGGCGCUCCCAUUAUGAAACGUUACUAUUGCCAGCUGCAUGCCCUGCAGAACCGUUUCCCUCAGCUUGCCGAGCGCAGCAUCUUUACAUUCACCUGGAAGGAUCUCUAUCACAGCACGGUGCACGAGGUGAGCGACAUGCGCUUCGAACGCGCCGCUGUCCUCUUCAACAUUGCUGCCUCGCACACACAGUCGGGAGCGUCGGUGACUCGCGGCGACAGCGAUGGCAUGAAAAUGGCUUGCACCCACUUCCAGGCUGCUGCUUGGGCCUACAAUGAGCUGCGAGAGCGUUAUGCGAAUGUCAACAGCGGCGGUGACUUUAUGACCAAUGAACUCUUGGUCUUUCAGCAGCAGGUGUCGCUAGCCCAGGCGCAGGAAUGCAUAUUGGAAAAGUCGUUGAUUGACAAUCGCAAGCCGCAUAUUGUGGCCAAGGUGACGGCACAAAUUGUGGUUUACUAUGGCGCAGCGUUGGCGGCGCUUUUGACUGGAGGUGAUGAUGGACCUGUGUCCCAAGUGAUCGAUAGUUCCGUCUACAAACUGUGGAAGAAGUAUGUGCGUUUCAAGAUCAACUAUCUGAACUGCAUACUCUACUUGUAUCAGGGCCAACAUGCAGAGGAGCAGCGCAAGAUGGGCGAGCGUGUGACGCUCUACCAGGCCGCCUGGGACAAGUUGGAGGAUGCGCGAAAGGAGUCCAAGGGUUUACCCGAUCAAAAGGAGAUCAACGAGUCUCUCAGCUUCACCGCUGAUGUGGUGGAAGCAAAGCGCAAGAAUGCUAAAAACGAAAACGAAUUCAUCUACCACGAACCUGUGCCAGAUCUAAGCACUAUUGCCGCCGUGCAAGGUGCAAAUCUGGUUAAUGGCAUUGGCUUCUCCAUCACAGACGAGGAGUUCGCGGGCACCGAUCUCUUUGCACGCCUGGUGCCGAUGAAAGCGCACGAGGCGAGCUCCAUGUACAGCGAGGAGAAGGCUAAAAUAUUGCGCAAAUACGGUGCAUUGCUAGAGGAGAAAGACACUCAGCUCGAUAGCUACAUGAGUUCGCUGACGCUCGACAAUCUGAACAUCAACGAGGAGCAGGCCAACAAGUUGCCACAAGGCAUCGUGGAUCGCUGUGCAGCGUUGCAUGCCAACAAAACAGCCAUCAGUGACUUAAUCGAAGCGAUGUCACAGCUGGCGGAGAUCACAGCGGACGUCGAAACCAAUCUCUGUGAACUCACUCACAUGCUGGACGCAGAAGCGCAAGCAGAGCGCGAUUUUCAAGCGGCGAGUGGCGUUCAACGCACGCCCAAUGCCCACAUCACGGAGCUAACACGCGAGUUCCAGAAGUACAGUGAAGCCCACACUAGAGCUGGCGAAUCGAACAACACUCUGCGCAAAGCGAUGAGUCUGCAUGUGAACAAUUUAAAGAUUCUGGCUCGUCCGCUGCAGGAGAUACAGCAGCUAAUGCCCAAGUUGAGCUCGGAGCUAAACACCGCCGAGAUCUUCAAAGAUGUCAAGCUUAUUGUGAACAAAGUCAAUGAAAUGAAAGCGCAACGUGCUCAAUUCCACGCUGAUCUGCGAAUUGCCAUCAACGAGGACGACAUCACGGCCAAGGUGAUUGCGCAUGGCGGGCAAGAAGGUCUACAAGCACUCUUUGCCACUGAGCUGGCGAAACACGAGCGUCUAACGCAGCUGCUCGAUCAGAAUCUGCUCGCCCAGCACAACAUACUUCAGGCUCUAACAGAGGCUUAUGCCCGUGCUGCGCCAGUGCUGAAGACUCUGCAGGAUGUGAAGCAGAAGCGGGAGCAUUUCUACAGCUCGUUGGCGGCCUCUUAUGAUGUGUACGAAGAUCUGCUGGCCAAGUCGGCGAAAGGACUCGAGUUCUACAAGAAACUGGCGGGGAAUGUGCAAAAGCUGCUCACUCGCUUUAAGUCCGCACGCGAUGUGCAGUCCGAAGAGCGUCAGCAGCGACUGCAGAGCGUUGUCAAGACAACAGCUCCAGCUCCAGUUGUUCCAGCACCCAUCAAACCUGAUUUAACACCAGCUUCAAGUGGAGCACCCAAGCUGCGUGAUUAUCUCAAGGCAAAGAACAAUGGCUUAGCUGCAGCUACAGCUGCCAUUGAUGCCACACCUUAUGUGCCCACUGUGCGUCCUGUGCCAGUUGGCUCUGAGAAUCCCACGCAAGCCGCAUGCUCGGCUUACGCGACAGCGCCGCCUCCAAACGAACCACCACCACCUUACAGUCUGCAGCAACAGCAAUACUACGAUCCCAAUGCGGCUGGCUACACCAAUCCAAUGUAUCAGCAACAACAGCAGCAUGUUGCACCUCCGGCUUACAAGGCGCAGGCAUCGCCCAACUCGCAGACGCUACACGGCGCCAUGGCGGCGAUGAACCUGCAGGCGGAUCAGGCGACAGCAGCUGCUGCUUAUGGCCAACAAUCGCAGCAGCCCUAUGGCUACAAUUAUCCCUUGACUUAUCCAGCGCCAGCUGCAUCACCUGCUGCUCAAAACUACAACUAUCAGCAGCCGCUCUAUGUGGCCACAUCGACACAGCCUAGCGAAGCACACAACUAUCCACAGCAACCACAACUGCAGCAGCAGCAAGUGCAGCAACAACCACUGCAACAGCAACAACCACUGCAACAGCAACAGCCACUACAACAGCAACAACCACUGCAACAGUUGCAAGAACAACAGCAGCAACAACAGGCUCAACUGUCUGCCUAUGGCCAGAAGUCAACAGUUCAGCAGCCGUUGCCAUAUCAACAACCAACAGCUCAGACUCAUCCUCAAGCGCAGCAGCCGCAGCUUUCUAUGUACACACAACCAGCUGCAGCCUAUUCCCAGCCACAAUCCCAACCUCAGUCUCAGCUGUUGCCACACCAAACGCCCAACUAUCCUCCUCAACAACCAACCAAUUAUCCUCCUCAAUCUCAAACGCCGCAACAAGCAACUAGCUUUGCGGCAGCUCAGCCCAACGCAUCGUAUCCUCAAUCCCAGGCGCCACAGCAAUCGCAGUCGCAGACUAGCAUCUAUGCUCCUUCAUCUCAGCAACCACUGCAACCUGGCGCGUAUGUACCUUCAUCACAGCAUCCGCAACCUGUCGGAUAUGCUGCUCAAUCGCAGCCACAGUAUCCGCCGCAGCCCACAUUGUAUCCCUCUCAAACUGCAGCCACUUCAACUGCAGUUGCAGCGGCUACACAACAACCACAGCCUUAUGCCGUAGCAAGCACAGCUGCACCAACUGCAGCUGGCAGUGAGGCCAACUACUAUAGCUACUCCAAUCAUCCGGGUUACAGCUACAAUCCGCAGACGGGCAACUACGACUACAGCAGCGGUUAUCAGCAGGGCAACAGCAAUCACAUUCCACAAGUUUCACAUGGAUCUGGCCAUUUCACACAGAGCGGACAACAACAGAGCGCUAUUGUGGGCACCACGGACUCGGAGCUGGCCAACCGCAGCACCUCGGCUACAGGUUUUGAUUCGCCCAUCGUCUCACAUACAAAGGCAUCGAAUAGUGUCACAGAUUCGAACUCAAUUGCAGCGCAGCCUCAAGAGAACAUUGGCAACUACUACACGCCUCCUUAUGGCUAUCACUCCGCAGGCGAGACACCUACACAACAACCGCAAUCGCAACCUCAGCAGUUGCCACAACAGCAGUUGCCGCAACAACCACAGGAGCUGUCCAAUUCAUCACCUGCCACGCCUUCGCUUUAUAUGCAGAGCGGUGGCAGCAGCAUCGCCAACACGCAGACCACCACGAGCAGUGCUCCAUAUGCUUCCUCGGCCACACAGCAGGCAGCGACCAAACCGACAAAGUCCAAUGCCAGCAAUGUGGAUUUGCUGAGUGAUCUGGACUUGGAUUGUGUAGGUGCCAUGCCGCUACCGUUACCGCUGCUGCAGCCACAGAUUGUCUCCACACCCACACCACCAACCAGCGAGGUGGCAGAGGUUGACCCAGCACCACCAGCAACUGCAGCAGCUACAGCUCCAGUUGUGGCGCCAGCAGUGUCACCCACAGUUUCGUCUGCUGCAGCCCCACCAACGAAUUCGCAGCGCAAGAAUAGCCUGGACAAUCUGUCCAAUUGCUCGGACUUGAGUUCGUUGGAAAACUUUGACUGGGAUUCGGUUUCAUUGACACAUUCCGCCAGCGAGAGGCCGCUGACCACAGAUAAACAUUCGUUGAUUACAUUCCAAAUGCGACCCCACGAUCCCUUUACUGACGACAAGACAUUGAAGUACUUCCACAAGGAGGUGGAAAGCUACGAAAAGCUGGUCGAGAAUCUGCACGUAAAGAUGCUCAAUGGCAACACGCAGCUGGGCACCAAAUGGCAAGAGCUGCAUCAGAAGCUUGACAAGAAUACUAAUGUAAAACGUACCACAACCAUUGCAAAACUAUUUCCCGAGAAAAAUCGCUCAUUGGACUGUCUGCCCUACGAUCAUGCGCGAGUUAAGCUGGACAAGCAGACGGAUGACUACAUAAAUGCGGCCUACAUGAAGAGCUUAAGCGCUGGCUGUCCCAACAUUAUUGUAGCUCAAACUCCGCAGGCGAAUACCAUCAAUGAUUUCUGGUCUAUGAUCUGGUCGGAAAAAUCACGCACUGUGUGCUGUCUGCAUACUACGAAUGAGCUCUUUGAUCCCUACUGGCCUCAAGAGCUCAAUCAAUCCAAGAACUAUGAUGAUUUCACCGUCAACUGUGUGAAGCUGCAGCAGCUGAGCCACUGCACUGAGUAUCAGCUUAAGUUGUCGAUGCAUGGCGCCGAUGCUGUGCUGGAUUUAUCUGUGCUGCAGCUUAAGCAAUGGACCAAAGCUUCGCCAACUCAAUUGCUCGGCAUUGCACAGAAUGCACUGCAAGUGCAUCAGGAACGAUGUUUGGCUGCCAAUACGCCUACAUCGCCGCUCAUUCUCAACUGCUUAACAGGCUCUGAGCGAUCAGAACUAUUGGCAAUUGGUAUUAGCGCGGUGUUGGGAACUCAAACCAAGCGACCCAUUUUAAUAAAUAUUGUCGAUGUUUGGUCGCGUAUUUGCAUGCAGCGCCAAAACUCGCUGCGGGAUGCAGCUAUGCUGGAACAGUCGAUGCAGAUUGUACUUAGCCAUGCCCAUGAUGUGCUCAAUAAGCGUGGCAUCAUGACGUCGUAUCAGAUGAAAAUGGCACCGCAGGUCACUGCGAAGGAACAGCAGGAGAGCAAGGAUCCAUUGAAUGAACUGGAUGCGCUCUGGAAGAUGAAAUAGAAACGACUGAACGAACAAGUGCAGCGCUAAAUCUGCUUAAAACCAUUUACAUGCAUAUACAUAUUUACACAUUUUAUUUAAAAUAAUAAUGUUUAUAAACUAUUUAUACAAAACUAUUUACAGCAAAAACGAAAACAUCAUAUUUAUACACAGUUCUGACAUUGUUGCAAACAAUGCGAAGCAAUGAGAGAGUAUUCAAAAUAUCGAACGAUCGAAAGAAAGAUUCAAAAUGUAUUUGUCCUACUAUUUACUGUUAUCUGAACUAAAUAUUUUUUCAAACUAUGGUGAUGUUUUUGAUGCUGAUUGUAUUGUAACUUGAUAACUAUAUUAUAUAUAUCUUUAUUGUAUCUAUAAAUAUAUCUACAACGUUUAUGAAACAAUGUACCCAUGUUGCAGAACCAUUUAGUAAACGAUUAAAAAAAUAUCAAAUAUUUAACUACAUAUAUAAGAAAGAAUGUCAAAUUAUAUGAAGUGUAGUUACACCAAUGGGUACACAGCAUUGCUGGCAAUGUGACACAGGUUUUUCUCAUCGCGCGCCAUGCGAACAUAUCCAUGCUCGCCAGUCUUAGAGCCCCAGGAGUUCUUGAUCAACCAGUACUUUCCUAAGUGUUUAUCUUCACCAUAGCCCACUACAGUCACAGCAUGAUUUGUUGGCUUGUGGCAAGGCUUUCGCAGAACUCCACUUUUGUAAUGCUGCAUGUGUGUGCCAUCUACGGACACGGCAAUGGGUCCUUUUGUGGCAACAGCUGCUGCCAGUGCUGAUUCACUAUUUCUCUUA